AUGGCCUCUGUGAUAUCACAGCCUCAUUUCAUUUUCGGCCUCCGGAGGAAUGUGAGGAAUAAUCUGUGUUUCCUUGAUGAGCAAACAGUCCUGUAUCCCAGCGGAAACAGCUUUGUAUGCCACAACUACAUCCAACGAUCUCAACGGUUCAUCUCUGGUUCAGACCAAACUCAGAGCAUCAGUGCUCUGGCCAUCAGUGUGAACCGUCGUUACCUGGCGGUGUCAGAGUGCGGAGAGAAAGCCACCGUCACUGUUUUUGACCUGCGGCACGAGCAGGGCAGGAAGAGGAAAGUUCUGAAUACUGGGGAUCUGCAUUUGAAGGAAUUUCUGUGCCUGGCGUUUUCCCCCGAUUCCAAGUAUCUGAUCGGCCAAACAGGGGAGCCGGAGUGGACGUUGAUCCUCUGGCUUUGGGAAAAAAACAAAGUGGUGGCAACAGUGAAGACAACAACCUCAAAUAAUCCUGCAGCGCAGGUGAGCUUCAACCCCCACAACAACCUGCAGUUUUGUUUGAGUGGCACGGGCGUGUUCAAGCUGUUUCGCUACGCAGAGGGAGCCCUGAAACGAAGCAGCUCUGCAAAGGUGGAGUCUUUGAACCUCCUGUGUCAUGCAUGGAUGUCGGAUAGUAGGGUCGUUGCUGGAACGGACACGGGCAGGCUGCUCGUGUUUGAAUCAGGGGAGCUGCGCAAGGAGCUGAAGAUGACUUCUACAGCUGUGCUGGGGCACACUGACUGGCAACUGAAGAUGAAGAGGAUCCAAGAAAAUGAUGUCAGGGAAGGUCCGACUAUCUCUCGCAUCUCAGCUAUUCUGUCUUACUCCAAGGGCUUUGUGUGCACGACGGGUCCUGGCACCGUAUGGCUGUUUGAAAAGACAGAGGAGAACAUUUACAGGAAAAGCCGGGAGAUACAGAUCCCUCCAGAUCCUUAUGGCGACAAUUUAACCCCAGAAGAGUGGCUGGAGAUUGACACGGUGUGCAUGAGUCCAGCAGAAGAGACUCUGGCCGUCAGCACCAGCCAAGGACAGCUGUACAGCGUCAACAUUUCAUCCCCUGAUAAGAGCAGGGCUGAUAGAAACUGUUGUCUCUCUGUCCAUCAGGGGGAACGUCUACAUUUUGAGUUCUUGUCCCAGCCCUUCCACUUUCGUGCCAUCACUGGUUUGUCCGUCUGCAUUCGCAAGCCCCUGGUAGCCACGAGCUCUCUGGACUGCUCUGUCCGCAUAUGGAACUACGAGACAAAGGAUCUAGAGUUGUACAAGGGGUUCCAGGAGGAGGCUCACAGUGUAGCUCUGCACCCCACCGGCCUCUUCAUCCUGGUGGGCUUUUCAGACAAACUCCGGCUGAUGAACCUGGUUUUAAACGACAUCCGUACCUUCAUGGAGUUCCCAGUGCGUGGCUGCAAAGAGUGUGCUUUUAGCCAUGGUGGCCACAUGUUUGGAGCUGUUGAUGGCAACGACAUUCACAUCUAUUCUGCUACAUCUUUUGAGAAUAUUCUCAACCUGAAGGGUCACAGUAGAAAGGUACUUGGCCUUGAAUGGGGUUUGGAUGACCGGCGGCUGGUGUCCUGUGGGAUGGAUGGAGCUGUGUAUGAGUGGAACAUGGAGACAGGGAAGAGGGAGUCAGUGAGCAUCCUCAAGUCCUGCAGCUACACGGGUGCUGCUUUCUCUUCCAACUAUAAGACCAUCUUGGCUGUGGGAACAGACUUCAGCCUGAAAGAGAUCCAGGACUGUCAGGUUCUGAAGGAAGUUCCAGGUGAUGACGUAGCCCACGCUGCUCUUGCAGUGUCUCCCUCCGGCCGGGUGGUUUUCACUGGAACCUCCAGUGGAACAAUCAGAGCCAUCACGUAUCCAUUACCCCUCCAGAAGGAAUGGAUCACCCAGCAGGCCCACUGUGGCCCGGUCACCAAGAUGGUGAUCACAUGUGACGAUCGGUUCCUGCUGACGGUGUCUGAAGACGGCUGUCUGUUGAUAUCGGAGAUCAUGGAUAAGGAGGGUCAGAGACUGAAGAGUAACAAGCAGAUCGUCCACUCGGAGGAGAUCCUGGUCACAAAGGCAGACCUGGAGGAGAAGACCCAGAACCUGCUGGAGCUGAACAUGCGUCUGGAGGAGCAGCAGAUGGAGAAAGAGUACCAGCUCCGCCUGAAGGAGAUGAGCUACAACGAGAAGUUGAGGGAGAUUUCUGACAAGUUCCUCCGGGAAACGGAGGCUCUGAAAGCAGAACAAGAGAUCAUGAAAACAGACAUGGAGAAGUGUAAGCAUGAGCAUCAGGAGAGUUCUGCCAUAGUUGCCCUGAAUCACUCAAGAGAGCUGGACGAUUUAGUGCUGUCCUACAGCCAGAGGCUGAUCGUGGAGCACGAGAAGCACCGGGGUCUUCAGCAAAAACAUGAAAGCAUGCAGGAGGACUAUGAGAAGCAGCAGAAGUGUGCAGAGGAGAGCAGAUCCCGAGCUCUGGAGGAGCUCACACAAGAGUACGAGACAAGGCUGCAGGAGAAGACUCAGCUCCUCACUCAGUGUCAGGAGAACGCAGAGUUGAAGAUCUCUGAGCUUCAAGAGAUCGUAAAGCAGAUGGAGGAGGACGGGGAGAAGAUGAUCCAUGUUAUCCAAAUGAGUUACGAGAAGAAGCUGCACGCUGAGAAAGAGAGCCACGCAAACCUGAGGAGACAGACUGAUGUCAUGACACAUAAGUUAAACCGCGUACAGACAGACGUUAGUGACAAAUGUGCAGACGUUUACAAGCUGAAGCAGGAACGGCAGAAUCUGCUGGGAUCUGUUGGCUCCCUGGAGAGCAACAUCCAGAAUCUGAGGAGACAGAUCUCUGAACAGGAGCAGAGGAGCCAGGAGCAGGAUAAAAGGACGUCUGUCCUGAAAAAGAAGAAUCUGGACUUGGAGAAAGUCAAGUUUGUCCUGGAGUCGCAGCUGAAUGACUUAAUAAAGCAGACUGAGCAUCAGCAAGAGGACGUAAAGAGGAAGGAGGACACGAUCCAUCAGCUGGAAGAGGAGCUGCUGCAGAUGGACAAGAACAACACUCAGCUGAAGCUCACCGUCUCAGACCUGAAGCUCAAACUGACGGCCAGAGAUAAAGAGCUGCGCAAGGAGGCGGAGAAAGUAAAAAAUACGGAGACGCUUCUUGGGCGACUCAAGUCGGAUCUGCAUGAGUGUGUCGGCUUCAUCCAGGAGCCGAGUAAACUGAAGGACAGCAUACUGAAGAUUUACUCCAGCUACGUGUCAAAGACCGACAGGGUGGAGGAACGCAGCGUAGACGACGUUCAGAAAGUACUGAAGCAGCAGCACAGUCGCCUGGAGGAGACCGUCAAUAGUCUGAGGAUGAAACUGACAAAGUCAGAGGAGAAGCAUGAGAAGGUCUACUGCAGGAUGAUGGCGGAAAAAGCCACUGUGGCUGCUGAAAACAACGAGCUGCAGAAGGAGCUGCUGCUGGUGAGACGUCAGCUUAAAGACUGCGAGUCUCAGCUGCUCCUGUUAAAGAAUAAAUCAGGCCCUAAGACAGAGAAAGGACCGGAAGAGGACAGUAAACCCAGGGAAGGUCAGCAGAACCAUCUCCUCGACCACGUUUUUGCCUAA